AUGGGACCCCCUAUCAAUGAAGAGGAUGUUGGCUUUCAGUUUCCUCAACAACAGCAACUUCAACAACAACAAGUGUAUCAUUCUGAGUUGUCUAAUCACGAACCAACUCAUCGCAAGGCAGAGAUUUUGCAACAGCAGCAACAAGCCCUUUAUCAACAGCAACUCGCGUCAAAUCAAGUGUUGUCAUUCCAAACACCUGGACUUGCACCCACUCGCACGUCCUCACAUCGACGUGUUCAAAGCACUGUUCCGAUAGGCCCAGGAAGUGCUGCUAAUUUCGGCGCUAUUCAGAAUCCAAUGGGGCAAUUUGGCAACAUUGCUGGCGCCCAAGGUGUUCCCCGGGGGCAUGGAAGGCGACACAGCGUUAAUGUCGUAAACAAGACUCCCAGUCAAAGCAAUGAAGGUUUUGAUGAUGGUUUUGCUCCUCCAUCCUCCUUUGGAGGACAUUCACGUCAAGCUUCUCGUGCUGAUUCCAGCUGGCGAAUCAUUGGUGGCGUACAAGGCAACGGCGCUUUCGCCGCUGAUCUCGCCCAAGCUCAAGCCCAGCUUCAAAGCCUCCAGCAGUUCCGUGCGGCCGCUGGUGGUCACCAUCACAAAAUGCCGUCUUUCAGUUUUCCAAAUAUGCUCCCAAAUAUGAUGGCCGCAAAUAUGAUGGGUCUCGGCCUCGGGGGCAUCAAUUUACUUCAGCAGCAGCAACAGCAGUUUCAAUCCCAACUCCAACAGCAAUCUAAUCAGCCCCAACGCAAAUCCCUUUUCGCUCCCUACCUCCCGCAAGCUUCCCUCCCUCCUCUUCUUGCUGCUGGAAAGCUGGUGGUUGGCAUUUUAAGGGUUAACAAGCGGAAUCGUUCAGACGCUUAUGUAGCUACUGAGGUUUUGGAUGCAGAUAUUUACAUAUGCGGAUCCAAAGACCGCAAUCGUGCCUUGGAAGGCGAUAUUGUUGCUGUCGAACUUUUGGAUGUCGAUGAAGUAUGGGGGACAAAGAAGGAGAAAGAAGAAAAAAAGCGAAAAAAGGAAGAGAACGCUGCCUAUGACAUGAAAUCCAGCGGACGCAAGGAUGACAAGAAGAAAGAUGAUGUCGAGGUCGAAGGCCAAGGGCUCAUGUUGUUUGAGGACGAAGAGGUUACCGAUGAGGUUAAACCUCAGUUUGCUGGACACGUCGUAGCCGUGGUUGAAAGGAUGCCGGGUCAACUCUUUUCUGGGACUUUGGGACUUCUUCGGCCUUCUUCUGCUGCUACAAAAGAAAAGCAAGAGGCCGAACGCCGCGAACGAGAAGGUGACCGCGGUGACGAACCUCGUCGUGGUCCGAUUGAACGUCCCAAGAUUGUUUGGUUCAAACCAACCGAUAAACGUGUGCCCCUCAUCGCUAUUCCCACCGAACAAGCUCCUCCCGACUUCGUUCAGAAUUCCGAGGCAUAUGUUGACAAAUUGUUUGUUGCGUGCAUCAAACGUCAUCCCAUAAGCUCUCUCCAUCCUUUUGGUACAUUAGUUGAAGAACUUGGUCCCAUUGGUGAUAUCGAGGUGGAGACGAGUGCGCUUCUCAAAGACUGCAACUUCCCGACUGAGGAUUUCAGCGAGAACGUGAUGAAGUGUCUACCACCCAUGCCAUGGACUCUCCCCGAUCACGAGUUACUGUCCCGAAAGGAUCUUCGUGGGGAACGGCUAUUCACGGUUGAUCCUGCUACUGCGAAAGACCUGGAUGAUGCUGUUUCUGUCAAGCACAUGGAGGACGGAACUUACGAAGUUGGUAUCCACAUUGCUGACGUAUCUUUCUUUGUGAAGCCAAACACUGCUUUGGAUCGUGACGCGCGCAAGAGGGCAACUAGCGUUUAUUUAGUUCAACGGUCUGUCCCAAUGUUGCCACCAGCACUGAGCGAGCAGCUUUGCAGUUUAGUUCCUGGACAGGACCGACUCGCCUUCUCUGUCAUUUUUACGAUGAACAACGACGCGAAGGUGUUGAAGAAGUGGUUCGGCAAGACUGUCAUUCGAUCGGCUGCCAAGUUGACCUAUGAGGAUGCGCAAAACCUAAUUGACGGAAGCAACGUAGGCGGUAUUGUCGUGGGCCCAGAUCAUCAAUGGGGCGCGAUCCAAUCCGAUGUUAAACUUCUUCAAAGUCUAGCCAAGAAGCUGCGAACUCAGCGAUUCCGUAACGGUGCUCUCAGCCUUGAAAGCUUGUCCUUGUCCUUCAAGUUGGAUGACAAUGGUCUACCAGUUGAUUGUGGCCAAUAUGAACGUUGUGACGCCAACUAUAUGAUUGAGGAGUUCAUGCUAUUGACUAACAUUGUCGUUGGCCAACAUAUUGCUGUUCACCUGCCUGAACAGGCACUGCUUCGCCGGCAUGACACCCCCAUCGAGCGACGCCUGUCUACCUUCACGCAACGAGCGGAGCGCCUUGGUUUCAAUAUGGAUACGUCGUCUUCUGGCGCCCUGAUGCGCUCCUUUGACGCCAUCGACGACCCAACAGCUCGCAGGUUGCUCGAGCUGUUGUCGUUUAAAGCGACGCAGCGUGCCAAAUAUUUUUGUGCCGGAAUGUUGGAUAUCGCCAAAUACAGCCAUUAUGCGUUGAACACGCCCCUUUACACUCACUUCACUUCACCCAUUCGGCGAUAUGCAGACGUCCUCGUUCAUCGUCAAUUGGAGUCUAUCUUACAGGGCGGAGCUGAACCCAAAUUUACCAUGGACCGUGACGCAGUUGCCAAAGUUGCUCAACAAUGCAAUAUGCUACUGACGGGUUCCUUUUACAGCAAACGUGAUUCUGCCGUGCUGGCCCAAGAACAAUCUGCCCACCUAUUCCUAUGCGUACUCAUCUCCGAUCUGACUAAUCGAUAUGGGCCUGUCGUCCGCCAGGCCAAAGUUGUUGGCGUUUUGGACGCUGCCUUCGAUGUCCUAGUGCCCGAAUUUGGCAUUGAAAAACGCGUUCAUGUUGAUCAGAUGCCCAUCGACAAUCACGUUUAUGAUGAACAUUCACACACACUCCAAAUUUAUUGGUCCGACCGGGAUGUCAUCAGUUGGUUGGCAGAGAAUAGUGACGAUGAACACUUGAAGAAAGUUAAGCAAAAUGCAGAACAACAUGCAUUCAAGAUGGAGGUUGCUUCUCGUUCUGUUCAUGAUGAGAAGGCUUUAUUCGACGAAGAUGACGUGGAGGAGGAUGAGAUCGUCCUCGGUCGCAACGACAAUUCGAAGGUUACCGAGGAGACAUCUAAACAGCGUCUCUUGUCCCUUGCCAAGGUCAAGCCCGAAUUUGAAGGUUUGAGAAUCUCCUCUUCAGGACACAAGAUUCAGGAUGUUCGCGAACUGAUGGCCGUUCCGGUUAUUGUCACCGCUGAUCUUACCAAAAGCCCUCCUGUGAUCAAAGUCUAUAGCGUCAACCCAUAUGCUGACCAAAAGAAAUAG